AUGUCCAACGACGAUCUCAAGGCACACGCAGCCUCAAAUCAAGACUUCUAUGCCCUCCUUGAUAUCCAACAGAAUGCCACCGUAUCAGAAAUCAGACGCGCAUACCGCCGCACAGCCUUGAAGUACCACCCGGAUAAGAUCACAAACCCCACAGCAGCAGACAUCGACAAGUUCCACCUCCUCCAGAUUGCCAACGAUGUCCUCUCCGAUCCAGAGGUCAAGCAGCUGUACGACAAUGCGCGGGAGGCACGGCAGCGCAAGCAGCGCGAGCGGGAGAUGAUGGGCGCCGCGAAGCGGAAGAUGCGCGAGGACCUGGAAGCGCGCGAGAGGGCAGGUGCUUUCGAAGGUGGUGCUACGCAAGGCGUCAAAAGAUCGUGGAUGGGCGAUGACGAUGCGGAAGAGAAACUGCAGCGGGAAAUUGAGAGGAUCGCGGAGGAUGGACGACGCAGACGACGCGAGGCGGAGGACAAGCUCAAGAAAGAGCUGGAUGAUGAGCAGAAGAAGAUGCAGGAAGAAGAGGAGGAAGCGCGCAAGGCGGCGGAUCGCAGUAGUCAGCGUGUGGAUCGGUCGAAGGAUGCGGUCGUUCCUGAGAAUGAGCGUGCGGUGAAAGUACGCUGGGUAAGGGAAGGCCGCGGAUUGGAGCUCGAUACUGACCGACUGGCCGUCUUAUUUGCUCCAUUCGGACAGAUUGAAAGUACUCUCACGCUAAAGGACAAGCGCCAACGAGUUGGAGAGAAGAAAGAGAAAAAGACCAUCGCGACUGGCGUGAUCGUUUACGCCUCUAUUGUGAGCGCCCAUACUGCGGUCCUUGAUAGCGAGAAAAUGCUUCGCCAGCAUGCGAGCCAGGAGAGUGACUGGGCUCUCAUCGAGUCCGUCUGCUGGGCAACGGAAAAGCAGCCCGACUUUGGAACCCAUUUUGCUGCGAGUGCAUCAUCCAAAAAAGAAGCCGAGCCUACACCAGCAACCCUGAACCCAUCAAAGCAGACCUCCAACGGAGCUGCCAAACCUUCCUUCAAAUUUCCGGGGAUGAACACAGCUCCUCCAUCUGGGAAAGUGCCAUCAUUUGGUUCAUUUGCUUCUGCAUCCGCCGCUGCAGCUGCCCCGAAGGCAUCGUCCUUUAACCCGUCUUCGGGCACUCCCAGCCUCCAAGAAGUGACAAUGAUGAACUUGAAGAACGCGCAACGAGAUAAAGAGCGAAAGGCGCUCGAAGAACAGCUCGCCCGAGAAGACGAAGCAGCAGAUGCAGCAGAAGCAGCCGUGGCCAAGGAUACCUAG